AUGGUGGGGUUGACAGCAAUAAGGACAUGGAUUGAGCCGGUGGUCGCAGGUUCUCAAGUGGCCAGUGCCUUCUACGACACAGCACUGCUGCUGGUGGUGAAGAACUACUACAACCAGACCAACGCCACUGCUCCAUCCCACGCACUGGAAGAUGCUCAGCAGAAAGCUGUCUCUAAUUUUUAUAUCAUCUACAACCUAGUCCUAGGCCUGAGCCCACUGGUGUCAGCCUAUGGCUUGUCCAAGCUGGGGGACAGGAUACAUUGGAAGAUACCCAUCUGCUUCCCUCUUCUUGGAUACUUGGGCUCCAAAACUCUCCUGCUGCUCCUGAUCCUGCUGGGCUGGCCAAUUGAGGUGAUGUAUGGAGCUGCUGCCUUCAAUGGGCUGACGGGUGGUUUCACCACACUCUGGGCAGGUGUCAUGGCUCUGGGAUCCCUGGGCUCCUCCGAGAGCAGGAGGUCUCUGCGGCUUAUCAUUAUUGAGCUGGUGUAUGGUCUCGCUGGCUUUAUGGGAAGCAUGGCAUCUGGCUACCUCUUUGUUGGCUUCAGUGACCACUACCAAGAGGGCACUGUGCUGGUGGGCUGCAGCAUCGCUUGCUAUGCUUUCUGCCUCCUCUACAGCAUUUUUGUUCUGACAGUCCCCAAGCCAGCAGCUUCCUGCCCAGCCAAACCCAAGAGUGCAGAGGAGGUGGGCAGCCAGCUACCUGCCCAUAAAGAAGCAGCAGCAGCAGAAAGCAGUUCCCAGCCUUCAGAGAGCAGCAGCUCCACUCCAGUAACCCCCUCGAAACUCACCAUCAUCAUGCUGUUUGGGGCAGCAAUCCUCUACGACCUUGCCGUGGUUGGUGCAAUGAACGUACUCCCACUCUUCUUGCUCAGGGAACCUUUAAGUUGGAAUGCUGUGGAGAUUGGCCACGGUAAUGCUGCUGGGUACGUGAUCUUCAUCACCAGCUUCCUAGGGGUAUUUGUGUUCUCUAAAUACAUGAGGGACAUUACCAUGAUCAUGAUCGGAGUGACAUCCUUCAGCGCUGGCAUCCUCAUCAUGGCCUUCGUGCGGUGGACGUUCCUGUUCUACAUCGCACGGGCAGUGAUGCUCUUUGCCCUUAUCCCCUUACCAACCAUCAGGUCUGUGUUAUCCAAGCAUGUCGAAGGAUCAUCCUAUGGUAAGGUGUUUGUCCUGCUGCAGUUGUCUUUAGUCACCACGGGAGUAGUGACAUCUACAGUCUACAACAAGAUCUAUCAAAACACACUGAACUGGUACAGCGGCUUCUGUUUCAUUUUGUCUUUUCUAGUUGGCUGCCUGAGUCUCCUCCCUUUAAGCAUUGUGGCCAUCAAACAACGUUCAACCACUGGCUCCCUUCAGAUUCUGACCGAGUGA